UUAAUUGUUACUUUUAUGCUGAAUGAAAUUUAAGGUCUUCUUGGAAUGUAUUGUGAAGAUGAUGAAGAUUGCAUUGAUAAUCAUGCAGUUUGUUCUGAUUUUGAACAUAAAUGUACAUGUAAAGAACAUUACAUUACGGUGAACAACAAUACAUGCGUGCCAGUUAUUGGUGGAUUUUGUGAGGAAGAUAGUGAAUGCACGCCUCAUAAUUCUGUUUGUUUAGAUAAUGAAUGUCGAUGCAAAAAUAAAUUUAUAGCUGUAACUAACCAGGAAUGCACCAAAAUUUAUUUGGAUCUGCCUUGUGAAGAAAAUGGAGACUGUUAUGAUGUUAAUCGUGCGAUGUGUUCUGAAAAUAAGAUCUGCACUUGCAGAAAAAACAGUAUUGCAAACAUUGAUGGACUAUGCACAUCACUUAUAGAAGGAUUUUGUGAGAAAGAUCAUGAUUGUUUGCCUCUGAAUUCGGUUUGCAUGAAUAAUAAAUGUCAAUGCAAACGUUCGUUUAUAUCCUCAUUCAAUAGAGAGUGUGUACUGUCAUAUUUAAAUCAGCCUUGUGAAAACAAUCAAAAUUGUCAUGACACUGAUCGUGCCAUGUGUUCCGAAGACAAAAUAUGCGUUUGCAGAACAAACCAUGUGGCACUAAAUAACUCAACAUGUGUAUCAUUAAUAGGUGGAUUUUGUUGGCGAAGUAACGAUUGUUCGUUCAGAAAUUCCAUUUGUAUACUUGAUAAAUGCUAUUGUAAACCUGACUAUAAAGCUCAGUCCAACCAUCAGUGCGUGCGAAAAUUGGAUAAAUACUGUGAACGGGAUGAAGAUUGUGAAGAAGUUAGGCAUACAAAGUGUUCAAAAGAUAAAACAUGUACAUGCAGAGAUAAUAAUGUUGCAAUAAAUGAUUCGAUAUGUGUACCACUUUUAGGAGGAUUUUGUUGGAAAAAUGAAGUAUGCGCAGCGAAUAACUCGUUAUGCAUUAAUAAUGAAUGUCAAUGUAAGGCAAAUUUUGUUCCUCAAUCUAAAUUUCAAUGCAUAAAACCAAUGUUAGGGAAUUUCUGUGAAACAGAUGUAGGUUGCCAAGAAGUAAUGCAUGCACAAUGUUCAAAAAAUAAAACAUGUGUCUGUAAACCAAAUCACAUUGCAUUGAAUUCCGCUAGAUGUGCACCACUUUUAGGAGAAAAUUGUUGGAAUAAUGAAGAAUGUGCAACCAUUAAUUCUGUUUGUCUUAAUAGUAAAUGUCAAUGUAAACAUAACUACAUAGCAUAUUCGAAUAACCUGUGUGAAUCAAGGUCUUUAGGAAAACGGUGUACAGAUAAUAAAGAAUGCAUGUAUUCCCUAAAUGCGGAAUGCUCAAGAGAUAAUGAAUGUGUUUGUUCUUCAAAUUAUAUUAAAGUAAAUGAACAAUGCAAACCACUUCUAUCAGGAUAUUGUGUCAGCCAAAAUGAAUGCGUACCUGACAAUUCAAUUUGUCUUCAUUAUCAAUGUAGAUGUAAAAGAAAUUUUGUGGCCUUAUCUGUCUACCAAUGUGCAUCAGUUGAAGUAAAUGAGCCCUGUAAUACACAUGAAGACUGCAGUAAGACAAAAAAAAAUACACGAUGUGCUCGGGAUAAAGUGUGCCGAUGUGAUUAUAACCACGUGAAAAUGGACGAUAAUUCGUGUGCGCCGAUUUUAAACCAAUUUUGUUUUGAUAAUGAGAAAUGUGCGCCUCUUAACUCUAAGUGUAUUAACAAUAAAUGUCAAUGUAAAACUAAUUUCGAAGCAGUAUCACCUGACCAAUGCUUACCGAGAUUAAUCAAAGUUUAAAAUGUUACAUCCUUAUUUACAAUUUAAUCAAUUAAUAACUGAUCGUAGAACUUCAGGACAAUAAAAACAAAUUAGACAAAAUGAAGACAAUUAAAAAAAAUCAGUUACGCACUUUAACAGUGUUCAUCAUUUAUAUAAAAUAGAACAUCACAUGAUAUGUACAAUUUAUUUAAUAUGCUAUAAUUUUUAACAAUUUUAUACAAAGUAUCCUAAAAGCAACGUCCAUAAACUAAGAGGUAGAUAGGAAGUGUGAUUCUGAUAUGAAAAGGCCGGUUGCAUUUUUUAAUCUGUCGUACAGGAACUUUUAUCAAAAACCGUAGCCAUUCGGAAGCACACUUCGGCGGAAGUAGAGAAGGAAGCCUUGCGAAGUACAGCGGUUAACCCUCACUGUACUUUUUCUGCUCAUACGCGCUUCUGAUUAACCACUUUUUUCAAUUAAUAACUAAUAAUUAUUUAUGCGUCAAAUCAAACAAUGCUACAGGACUUUCCAU